UUCCCCCCUGGAUGCUUUGUAAACUAUAAUCCAAAACACACACACACAGGUACACAGACACACACUCCUAACUCUUUUGAUUUGUUGAGCAGAGUAUUACAUUCUGACUUCCUUCAAAUCAUAGCAAGCUCUGGUUGGCAAAUUCUAACAGAACUCAGUCAAGGUGAAAGCCAGCCAGCCUUUGCUGGCAACAAUGUAUUCAUGCAGCAUAUGAUGUCUUUCUGUUCAGGCUGCUUCUUGCUCUUGUCUCAGAAUAAGAGAGGAGCGCUGCUUUCCUAGGGUGUGCUAUUUGAGAAAGAAAGUAACCUAACACUAACUGCAGGCGGGGUCGGAGUGAUGUAACAGGAAGCUCUGAUGUUUCCCUUCUACUGCUGAUCUCUUACAAUCUGACAACAGUUCCAAUCUACUGAGAACAAACCCUCUCUCCCCAGCACAGUGUCACCUCCUGCUUUAGGAUCACCAAGCUCUGCUAACUGGAUCUCACUCUGCCUGCAGGAUCACAUUGCAAGGCUUUUACUCUUCCCCACCUUGUCUGGGGGGGAAUCUCUUCCACGGAAUCUCAGAAAAUCAAAUUCCAUCCUAAGAAAAUUUCACCAAGAAUUCCUUUAGGAGCUGUGCUGGGGUCCUACGAUGACACACCAACCACUUGUGCUGCCACCUGUCAAAUCUUUGGAUGGUCCUACUUUCAGGUCAUGACCUCUGUAUUUAAGAAAUUCUUCAAGACGAUGUCAAAUUUGAUCCAAGAGAAAAUGUGAUUUGAGUCUGGAGACAAUUGUGCAUGUCACUUAAGAAACUCCGUAUACCUGAUAGAAGAGAAGACAUAACUCAGAAGUUUUUUUUUUUAAAAAAAAAAAAAGCUGCUUCUAGGUGAGUCAUUGGUGAGGGCAAACAAUGGCAGAGAUUCUGUGUGCUAAAUAAUGUUGUGUGCUCUCCUUGCAUGCAGUAAGAAAAUCGAUAAGCACAACAUAUGAAAGUGUUUAAAUUCUGACUCCAACCUUAACGCUAAUAAUAAAAAUAAUGUUUGAUUUAUAUUAUAUACCAAAUUUCAUUUUGGCUUUAAUGAUGGAGAAAAAAUGUACCUUGUAUUUUCUGUUUCUCUCACCUAUUUUUAUGUGAAUGCUUUCAGUUCUCUCACAGGUAAUGUAGGAUGGUGAGCAGUUGGGGAUCAGAAUACAGGAGGUCAAUGGAUACAAAUGCGCGAGACAGAGUCCGCCUUAACAGAAGAAAAUUCUUGUCAUAGCAGAAUCAGAAGAAAAGACACAAGGGAACCAAGAAAACAUAAUUCAAUUGGGUGUUACUAGAAAUAAAAUCAUGACAGCUCAAUAUGAAUGUUACCAAAAAAUUAUGCAAGACCCUGUUCAACAAACAGAAGGUCUUUACUGCAACAGAACUUGGGAUGGAUGGCUGUGCUGGAAUGACGUUGCAGCAGGAACUGAAUCAAUGCAGCUUUGUCCUGAUUACUUUCAGGACUUUGACCCUUCAGAAAAAGUUACAAAGAUUUGUGAUCCAGAUGGAAACUGGUUUAGACAUCCAGCAAGCAACAGAACAUGGACAAAUUACACCCAGUGUAAUCUUAACACGCAUGAGAAAGUGAAGACUGCAAUGAAUUUGUUUUACCUGACUAUAAUUGGACAUGGAUUAUCUAUUGCAUCACUGCUUAUCUCACUUGGCAUAUUCUUUUAUUUCAAGAGCCUGAGCUGCCAAAGGAUUACCUUGCACAAAAACCUCUUCUUCUCUUUUGUUUGUAACUCUAUUGUCACAAUCAUCCACCUCACUGCAGUAGCCAACAACCAAGCCUUAGUGGCUACAAAUCCCGUGAGUUGUAAAGUGUCCCAGUUCAUCCACCAUUACCUGAUGGGCUGUAAUUACUUUUGGAUGCUCUGUGAAGGCAUUCACCUACACACGCUCAUCGUGGUGGCUGUGUUUGCAGAGAAGCAGCACCUGCUGUGGUAUUAUUUUCUUGGCUGGGGAUUUCCACUGGUUCCUGCCUGUAUACACGCUGUUGCCAGAAGUUUAUAUUACAAUGACAACUGCUGGAUCAGUUCUGAUACCCAUCUCCUUUACAUUAUCCACGGCCCGAUUUGUGCUGCUUUACUGGUUAAUCUCUUUUUCCUAUUAAAUAUUGUACGUGUUCUCAUCACCAAGUUAAAAGUUACUCACCAAGCAGAAUCCCAUCUCUACAUGAAAGCUGUGAGAGCUACGCUUAUCCUGGUGCCACUGCUUGGCAUUGAGUUUGUGCUGCUACCAUGGCGACCCGAGGGCAGAACUGCUGAAGAGAUAUACGACUACACCAUACACAUCCUUAUGCACUAUCAGGGUCUUUUGGUCUCUACAAUUUUCUGCUUCUUUAAUGGAGAGGUUCAAGCAAUUCUGAGAAGAAACUGGAAUCAAUACAAAAUCCAAUUUGGAAACAGUUUUUCCCAUUCAGAUGCUCUCCGUAGUACAUCUUACACAGUGUCAUCAAUCAGUGAUGGUCAAGGUUACAGUCAUGACUGCCCUAGUGAACACUUAAAUGGUAAAAGUAUCCAAGAUAUUGAAAAUAUUGUUUUAAAACCAGAAAAGUUAUAUGAUUGCUAAUGGAUCAAUUCAUUCAGUGCUUAACUGUUUUGUACCACUCCUAGCUCAAGGACUUGGUUCUACGUCUUUAUAGACAGAAGACUUCAGUAUUAAAUGAGUUUUUUGAGUGCCACAAAGAAAACUCUCACGUGAAUUCAGUCUGUGACGGUAAAUGUUUAACAACUAACUCUAUGGGAGUAAAAACAACAACAACAACAAUCCUAAUUUGUAGCAUUUGCUAGUUUCCAUGGUGUAAAUACUCCCACUGGGGCCAAUUUCAGGCUACCAACUUGACGUCACUGAAGGUGGAAUUGAGAAGAGAUGAACACAAUCAACUCUUGUGAGUUGGUGUGAGCCAGCUCCAGCACACCACUGAAUGAAUUCAUAAAUGAAUAAGACUGUGAAAGUUCAUUAUACAGAUUGGGCAUGAUUCGACUCUUGUCUAAAGAGACCAAGCCUGUAGACAUCAAGAUAAAAUCAGCUUUAAAACAAACAAAAACUUCAUCCCAUAUUCAUUGGUGGAGUUGAUUUUUUGCCCAGAAGGUGUUCUAACCCUUUUUAUAAUUACCUUCUCAAAUGGACCAGAUAGUUAAUUAGUCCUGCUGGUUUGCCCUAUUCUGCACAAGAAAAGCAACCGAGUAGAAUUGCUGUGGACUACUCAUUUGGUGAUCGGUCACAGUUGCACCCUGUGUGAUCAGGAUGUACAAUAUGCAAUCCUACUUCUUUAUCAUCAGGAAGACAUCUUGAUCAAUGCUAUAAAACACUUUAUCAGCUACUUUCCUGUCUUACUACACAGGUGGGAGGGAAUUAGUUUCCCUGUUAUCUGUAGAUAGAAACUUUGCCCUUUCCCAUUUCUACUGUGUAAACAUAGUAGCAGUCAUUUUAUAUGAAGGAAAUCAAUGAAGAAUUUCUUAUUUUCUUGGGAGUUUGUAAAAAAAAAUGUUGUGAAAAUGAGCUUGUAAAUACUGUAUUCUGUUAUUUUAUUGUCUCAAAUCAAAUAUAUACAACCUACGUUAAGUAUUUUUUUUAAAGUAAAUACAUAAUGCAACAAUUUAUGCAUAUCAACAUCUGAUACUGUGUCUGGGUUGAUUUUAUAAUUAAAUAAGGCCUGGAAUUCUAUAUUUGGUAAAUAUUUUAGACAACCAGAUGCCAGCAUCAGCAGUGUGAGAUCUAAGAGAACAGAAACAUCUAUGAUAAGAUAAAAAAUAUUUAUUUAAAAAACUCAAGACAAUUGUUUUAUUAAAUAUAUUAACCUUGAUGAGUCACAUACUUUACUAAUAGGUGUGCUUGACAUAUUUUUCCCUUUUAUUUUGAUGAUGAAUUUGCAUUCUAAUUCAGAAAAGGGAAACAACCCCUAUUGCAAUAAAUGCCAAUUUGCUACUCUUAUGGAUUUAACCCCAUUAAAAAUAUUACUUUACUGACUUUUAAUAUAUAAAGAAAAAUCAUUUCAGAAAUGUUCCCACUUAAUUUAAAAAGAGAGAGAGAGGAACAGUACAUAUCAAUUUAUAAUGUUUGGUUUUCUUUUUUUGAAAAAUGGAAAUUUUAAUAGAACUAACGUGUAUGAUAAUACAAAUCAGUGAAGGACCUGAAUGUAUUAUUGAGGAAGAAUUGGUGUAGGAGGAGAAGUCAUUGUGUACAUGUUUUUGAACUGUAUCAAUCUGUUAAAAUGGAUUAAACAAAUAACGUAGCCAUCAUAGGUUGUUUCUUAAGCACCCAACAGAUGAUGAAUUCAGGUGUUAUUUGAAAUUGUCCAGGAUAAUUAUCUAAAUUAGUAAGAAUUAACGUAUGUUUUAAUGGUCUGGUCAAUACAGUUAUAAUUUAUCUGUAUAUGUAAAGUUACUAUUAAGUUAGUUUCAAUUUUUUGGAUUUCAUAGUAGCUGUCAUAAAAAGGAACACAGGCUGUUCUGGACAUUCUAAUGAUUAAAUUAUACAACGAUUCCUUUAAAUAAACUCACUUUUUUGCUAUUUAUUAUUCAAAGGCACAGAUUUAAAUGCUUUGCUAACAGUGUUCACAUAUUUACGCAUUAUUCCAGACAAGCUGUCAAGUCAGCUAUAAAUGACAGUACAAAAUGUUGAAUUAUCUCUGAUAAUUAUGUUAAAACAAUAUUGUAAUUUUCAAGUAUUUUUUUAAUGUGCUUUUCUCAAUAUUACAUUUAGAUUAGAUUUCUUCAAUGGCCAGUGUUCAUCUAUUGUACAGUCUUCGGGUGUAGGCAGUCCAUGAUUAAUCAGUGUUAGCUCUAGAUCUAUAUAUAUGGAAGUAAUACUUUUAACUGUUAGAUUGCCCUAAAGCUUAAUUGCUAAUUAGUGUCUUCUUUAUAUCUUUUACUCAUAACAAAUAAGUAAAAUUUGAUAUGUUUUAAAAACAAACUACUUUGCUAUGAAAAACUAAUUUUGGAAAUAUCUAGCUUUUAAAAUAUAGGUCUGCUAUUUUUAUGCAAUUACUGAUGAAACAUUCUGUCAGUUUUUGUUUUUUUUUCUAAAGUUAUUUUCCAGUGCUUUUAUUCAUUAAACAUCUUCCAUACUAGAAUUUAUUGUUUGUUCAAAUGUAAUUCAGUGUACAUAGAACUAGUGGUAACUGUGGGACUGUAUUUAUCAUUUAUAAUUUUUUUUAAUGUGAAUUUCUUUUAAUUUUCCUUUGGUUUUAAUCUGCUAGUGAAAACCACUAUUUCUGUAAAACAUACUUUAGAUAUUCUGAUCUAUUAAAACAACUCAUGUUAUGUUUAAAGUAUUUUUUUUUAUUGUACUUUAGAUGAAGGUUUACAAAGCAAACUAGUUUCUCAUUAAACAUCUAAUACACAUAUUGUUUUAUGACAUUGGUUACCAACCUUGGGUUCCCUACUACCAUUUUCUUGUCCCUCCCUGCCUUCUCAUUCUACCCCUGGGCUGGUAUGCAUAUUUAGUCUCAUUUUGUUUUAUGGGUGUGUAUAACCUUUGGCUGAAUGGUGAACCUCAGGAAUGACUUCAUUACUGAGCCAUAAUGGUAUCCAGGGCCAUACUCUCAGGGUUUCUCCAGUCUCUGUCAAACCAGUAAGUCUGGUCUUUUUUCUGUGUGUGUUUUAGAAUUUUGUUCUACAUUUUUCUCCAGCUCUGUUUGGGAACUUCUAUUGUGAUCCCUGUAAGAACAGUUGGUGGUGGUAGCCAGGCACCAUCUAGAUGUACUGGACUCAGUUUGGUGGAGGCCAUGGUAGAUGUGGUCCAUUAGUCCUUUGGACUAAUCUUUCCCUUGUAUCUUUAGUUUUCUUCAUUCUUCCUUGUUCUAGAUAGGGUGAGACCAGUGG